GUUCGUUAACAGAAGCGUUCGUAACCCGAGGUUCCACUGUAUUAUGCUGACCUAUUAAUUUUAGUAGUACAUAGUUGUAUCAGCUAUUCCUGCUUUUAGUACAGAUAAAAGAAAAUGCAUUGUGCCUUAGAGCAGUGUUUCUCAACCUUGACAACUUCAAGCAUGUUGGCUAGGGAAUUCUGGGAGUUGAAGUCCACACAUCUUAAAGUUGUCAAGGUUGAGAAACAUUGCCUUAGAAAAUGGUUUGAAAGGAAGCACUGUGCACCUAAGAUUGCAGAAGACACGCUUGAUAGUAUAUUUAAAAAAUCUAAACAGUUUUAACUUGGUUACCAAAUUACCCCAGUUUCUAGAUUCACACAAUACAGUGAAUCUUAAAUGAAUGCUAAACCACAAAACAGCCAAGCUUUGGCAGGGACGUCUAGCUCGCCAUGGCCUCACCAGAAGCCCCCAAUUGUCUUUACUCAGUUCAUUGAGCUUUCUCGUCUGAAACCGAUCAGUUGCUAUCAUAGGUUGUCCACUUCACUCUUGAACACACAAAUCAGCUCUUCCUGGUUCACCAUCUUCACAUUUUUUAAUCCAAUGAUGCACAGUACUUAAAUCAACAGUUAUUACCAUAAACAACCUGCAUUCGGUGGUGAAUUUCAAUUGGAGGGAUUCCUUUGGCAGUCAAAAAUUUAAUCACAGCACAUUGCUUAAUGCGCAUUGAUGAGUACUCACUGCAAGCUUACAUCUCACAAAUAAUAGAAACACAAUAUUUUCUGACAGCCACAUCUUGUCAGCUGAAGUGAAAGAACAGAUGCUAAAGAACCUGUCAGAGCUUGUAGCUCAUCCCUUCUGCCAUCUGUUGGCAACUUAGAACGUUGGAGACAUUAUUUUUCAUUCAAGCCUUGUAGCAUAUGGAAUCCAAAUUUCUAAACAGUCCUCCACAUAAGUUUUGAAUUUAAAACAUCCUGAAUUUCUGUGGUGUUUGAUCCCUACAGCAGUUAAUUUACUUAACUGUUCAUAACAAUACUUCUUACUAGCAAUUCCAAAUUCAAAUCCUUUUUCUGCACCAUUUCCAGACAUAUAUCACAUGAUGCUGUUUGGUUGCCUUUGGGUGCUGGGGUUGCUGAAUGGCAAGCAGUGUCUGCCCUCUGUCCAGUCAUUCAAACUCUGUAUUUACAAACAAUUAUUGCAGCUACCCAAAAUGUCUGAUUCCCUCCUCAGGGGGAAAUGGAUGCUGUAAAGCAAUCUUUAGACUUUCUCCUACCAUUCAGGGAAGUGGAGAGAACAGAAGAUGACCUGCCCCUUUUUAUAUGGGGUAGAAAACUGCUGGGGGCAGUAAUCUCCCAGGGACCAAAUAGGAUUGGUGGGCUGGGGCCUUCCCCAAACACCACCUCUGAGAGUCAGUGAUCUGGUAAUGGAUCAAGAGGCUAAAUUUCUUCCUUAAUCACUAGACUGUUCCUUAAGGGCUGGAGAUUUUCCUUUUAUGUUUAGUGUGUAAGGGGAAAUUAGAACAUUCAUUGUUUCAUCACCAUCAAUAUCAUCUCUCACUCUUGGGUUAUGACCUUUCUGAGCUAUUUGCUGUUUUUAUUGACACCAUGGCAUGACUCCAUAGAAAAUCCUUACUGGUGAGGUAAACCCACAAAUGGAGAAUGAACUUCAUUCUCUUCCUUAUUCUCUUAUUUUUAUACAAGCCAAGCAAAUUAUCCCUAGCAUGCUCUUUCUGUUGCACCUUUAAGUAACUCUUUGGGACUUCUUAUUUUGUAAUCCUAGCUUCACAAAAUAUCCACAUUUGAAGUUUUAUUGCUUUACAGUCAGUCAUUCAAUUUAUGUUCUCUGUUUUGCAGAAGGAGGAGAAGACAAUCUGGUAUAUCUUCCUUUUUCAAGGUUAUGUUGUUUAACUCAAAGCUUCUAGUUUGUUCCUCUCCCUAAAUGCAAGAUAGAUUAUUUUCAAGCAACUCUUGUUGGCAAAUUAUUAACCUUCCCGUUUGAUCUACCGGAUUGAGUGUAUAAAAAGACCUCUGGACUUUCCCAGGAGAACAGAAAGACAGGAGGGUGAGGGAAGAAACCAAGCUCAUGGCAGGCAAAGUUUCUGUAAGGGAUGUAUUCUGGGAGUGAAAAGCAACCUACCACAUAUCCUUAAUCACUAAUUUAUCCACUUAUUUCAAAAUAUUAAUCAUUGUUUAUACCAGGUGGAUUUGGGGCAUGGUUUCUGUCUUCAAGAGUUUGCCAAUCACUGGCAAAAUCUGUCGGUGGCCCAAUUCGAGUUUCACCAGUGAGCUAUCCUCUCCCAAAAUGACUCUCAGGGACCAUGGGCUACAUUUCUUCCGCAGUGCUGUUGGUACAGUCCUGCCAGGGCCCAUGCUGAAAAGGGCCUUGGUGCUAGAAUCAGGUGGAUGCCCCAGACUUUUGCUGCACGGUCGUCCUUUUGAACUGAGAAGAAAUCUAUACUUGGUUGGCUUUGGGAAGGCUGUUCUGGGCAUGGCAGCGGUGGCUGAGGACAUCCUUGGAGACUACCUCACUCAGGGAAUAAUCAGUGUUCCUCGAGGCAUCCAAGAAACUCUGCAACAUGCGAGAAUGAGAGAAAUGUUGCUGAAGCCACAGAGCCGGAUCCAAGUCAUGGAAGGAGCUAAGUACAACCUUCCUGAUAAAGAAGCUUUGGAGGCAGCCAGAGCCAUCUUGAAUUUAGCCAAGAGUCUAACAGCAGAAGACCUUCUCCUGGUACUGAUUUCAGGAGGUGGGUCUGCCCUUUUACCUGCACCUAUCCCUCCUGUCACCCUCGAAGAGAAGGGAACCAUCACCAGGUUACUUGCUGCAAAAGGAGCCACCAUUCAGGAGUUGAAUACCAUUCGAAAGGCGCUCUCUUUGUUAAAAGGUGGGGGGCUGGCACGGGUGGCUCAUCCUGCCCAGGUACUGAGCCUCAUCCUCUCUGAUGUCAUUGGGGAUCCAUUGGACAUUAUAGCAAGUGGCCCAACUGUUGCCAGUUCUCACAGCAUGCAGGAUUGUUUUCGAAUACUGGGCAAGUAUGAUAUAUUGAAUAACUUGCCAGAGUCUGUGUUGACAGUCCUCUCUAGUUCUGUCACAAAGCAUAACACUCAGCAAGACUAUUCCCAUGUCUACAAUGUUGUGAUUGGAUCCAACAGACUAGCUUUAGAGGAAGCCAAAUGCCAGGCAGAAAAGUUGGGUUACCUGACUAUACUUUUGAGUGAUGCUGUGUGUGGGGAGGUCAGCACUGUUGCCCAUCUCUAUAGUCUAUUGAUUCAGUUUGUUUGUUUGAGUGUUAUGAAAGAUGCUGGGAAUAGACCUUUAAAAGAUUCUGUGAAAGAAAUGCUCACAAACUUUGCAGGACAGAUGAAGAUUCCAGUCUUGAACCUUAUAGACACUCUAACAGCUCUGAAAGAACCCCAUGCGGAAACCCCCAUUUGUCUUCUGGCAGGUGGAGAAACCACUGUGCAGCUUCAAGGAAGUGGGAAGGGUGGAAGAAACCAGGAACUGGCUCUGCGAGUGGCCUUGGAGCUGCACAGAGCUAGAUCCACUGUGGAGGGAAGCUUUCUUAAUAAAUACGAAGUCAUGUUUUUGAGUGGUGGAACUGAUGGACAAGAUGGGCCAACAGAGGCUGCUGGGGCCUUCUGCAGCCAGGAUCUGGUGGAGGCGGCCGAGCAGGAAGGCUUUGAUGUAGAAAACACGCUGGGUAAUAAUGAUUCAUACACGUUUUUCACCAAGUUCCAAAAUGGACAUCACCUUUUGAUGACAGGCCUGACAGGCACAAAUGUCAUGGACAUUCACACUGUUUUAAUCAGAAUCCGAAGAACUUGGUGAUGCAACAGACAUUUAGCUGUUUUUAUUAAGAAGGAAUCUGUGGACAACCUGAAUGGAGUGUCUCUGUCCAGGCUGUUGAUAUCAAAGACCUAAUGGAAGGUUACUGUGAGACAAGCGAGAGAUGCUUUGUUGUCCUUAUUUAGGCCAGGGAAACAGCUGCUUGAAACCAUCACAAUUAAUUUUGAUAAUAGAACUUUGUUUUUAAAUUAUUUUAAUCGAUUUUCAUAAGAGUUACAGUAAUAGGGAAAAUACAUUUAAAUGCCAGUACAUUUAGAGGAUAGUAAUAUAACAGAAAUGGCUGUGAAGGCACAGCACAGCAAUAAAAGUGAUAAUGGCUUUGUAUAUUUAAACAAAUACUAUUAUAUUGGAGCAGCCAUGAAAUUAUACCAGAAAGGUAUUGCCAGUUUAAACAAGGAAUGACCUUUAGCAAUAUUCUGACAGAUUAUUUCAACAGUGCUAACUCCUGUACGAAUCUCCAGACCUCUGCCUUUUUGCUGUAAUAUGCUUUAAAAGCUUGUGAUUUAGGAAAUCAAGAACACUCAAACAUUUUUUCUGAGAAAGCAAAGUAUAAUAAUAUUAAUAUGGGGUUCAAUCCAAUGGAAGUUAGAUACCACACCUAUCAUUAGAAUUCCUGGGGGAGGAGGUGAGAAAGAAAUCCAGAAUCUACUAAGGAGGUUUUUUCUCUAUAAGAGUUAAAUCAGCGUAUCAUUAUAUAGAGUGGGCACAGUGAAGGUUAAUGGUAUUGUCUACAUUGAGCCUUUGUGAAAGCACAGAGGAAAUAUGUUUUGUCUUGAGUAUAUUGCAACCAUGAUUCUUGUACCCAAAGCUACUGUAUAUUUUCAUAUAAACUUACCAGUACAUAGUCUUCAGUAGUGUGAAGAAUCCCUCUGGUCAGUUGUGAAUAGACCAGGCAGAAAAAGAGGAGCUAUUUUAAAGAGCCCUGUAGGAGGCUUAUUCAGUCUUAUUGGAGAAUGCCAUCAAGAUGCCACCUUAAUUUCUCCAUCUUCUGUUGCCUAAGUUUGAUUAUGGACCCACAUAUUUUGAAACUGUACCCUUGUCAGAUGUUAAAAAUGAGUUUGUCUCAUAGGGGGGCAGCUUCCCCCCCAACUUUCAUGCAUGUGAUGUUAUUCUCUUUCAGGCAUCUAGAGGUACAUGGUGUAUGUCUGUAGAGUGGGGUUUUUUUGCUUGUAUACUGUAGCUGUUCACUCAGAGGAUUUCGUGCAAGCAGGAACCAUGACAGGGCAAGGUGUUUGCUCACAUGGGGUUCUUCAUGCACAUGGGAAGGCUUCCUCUCCUUCAGACUUCAUGUACACAGAGACACCUCAGUAAGAGAAUCAGACACGACAUUGGGAGGAAAGACCGGUUUCAUAUAGAAGCAAUAUUGCCAUAACAUUGUAACUCUUUUCCCCAUGGAUUUGCUCUAGUUUCUGAAGCUAAUGCAGUACAGCUUAACUUUUGUGUAUCGUUCCAAAAUAAAGCAUUUUGUUUAAGAAUGUUUAUUAGAUUCUGCCAUGGGACUUCAGCGCAUCUAGGCUAAAUUCAUACACCAGACGAUUUUCUCCCACCAUUAUCUGAAAACUAAUACUACAAAGGCUUCAGAUCAGUAAUCUCAAGUUUGCCUUAGCUAUAUACUCCUGGUUUCCCAACAUGAAAAAUCAGCUUGUCAUUGUAUGUUAACUCAUCCUAGUGUGAACUGAGAGCUCCAAGUUUCCUUUGCUCAGCUAUAGAGUCCACAUCCAAUCAGGCUGGAACUGAGAAUCUAAUUUCUAUCAAAUUCAGGCAGGAUAUGCAUUUUCUUAACACCUGCUCUAUUUCAGUAUUAGCACCUGUUAUUGGAAGAAGAGUCUGAAAAAUAGGCUAGAUGUGCUGAAACUAAUGUAACCUCGACCUUGCUCACCUUUUGUAAUGGCUUUUUCUUGCUGAUUGAUAAUUUCAUGGGGGAAUACAUUGUGCAGAAUGGAAGCUGCAAACAUUUUAUGUAUUAUGUUACCAUUGACUGGAAAACAAUGGAGCCUCAGGUUUGUGACCUUUCUAACUGUAUCAAGCCAGAAGUCACUGUCACUCUGAUUAACUCCUCUAAUCCCAGAGAACAAAGGCUAGAAAGCCUUACAUGGGCAACUGUUGCCAAUUUGCUGCAUUGCAAAAUGCAGUCUACUAUCGGAGCAUCAUCACCAAGUUCAUCUGUUUCCUUGGAUAAGUUGAACAGAAUCGAGUUUUGAUCAUAUAUGUAACAUAAUGACUUACGUGAAAGUCACCCGUUAUGAUUCUUCUGAGCGAAAUAUUGCUUUUUCUUCUCAACAGAACAGGUGAAUUAGAAUACCAAUCCAUUUUUAAACAAGUCCUAUGGCAUCUUAAUGACUACAGUAAAUUUAGUAUUCCAUAAGUUAACCAUAACUUAGUUUUUAAGUUACUACAAUACUCUAUCCUUGUUUUGCAGCAAACUAAAAUGGCCGCCCCCCCCCCGAACCCUUUCUUAAAUAUGUAUACAGAAUGAUCUUAUGGUCCUUGGGAACCAUAGGCUUGAUCAAAUCUGCCCCUGCUUAAAUUAAAAGGAGGAAAUGUAUAUUUGAUUCCCUCUCCCACUGACUCCACAUUGGACUCUUCCUUAAUCAAAACCUCCAAUGGAAAACCCUCAAAGAUUUGCCAGAUCCUAAGUCUCCCUGGCUUUCCAUUGGGCUGCCUAGUAUCAAUAACAUUUAGACAAGCCCAAGAGUUCUUCCAUCCAGCUGGAUGCAGAGCUCUUUGCUGGUAUAUUAGUGUUUGGAAUUCUGCUGCCAAUGAACCUUUUUAUUUUACUGAAAUAAAUGUAAAAAUGCACAAUGUAAAAUGCUUAGAAAAACCUAGCCUUACUAUAUAUUUUCAAAAUACUACUUAUUUGCCAAUCAGUGUUUGCUGUCUCCUGUUGAAUCACCUGUUUACUAUAUCACCAAAUUUUUAACAAGGUGUAGUAAACUAGAUUAGAGAUUAUUGCAGUGAUUAUCGCAUUACUCAGCUGCCCUUUACCUGAUCUUCUAGCUCCAUGGAGCCCACGUAUCUGAGACCAGAGGCUGCUCAGCUUAGAAAACAACCAGGUGGGAAAUUCCAUGGCAAAAAUCCAUGCGAUCAGGCUUUGCUCACGUGAUUUGGUGGCUGAAAUCAUUUCUCAAAUAUGAGAGAGCUGUUCAUGAACAAAUAUCUUCCAUCUAGCUGGCAACACUGGAAAGAUGAUCCCUCUUACACUUCAUAGUAAACCACCCUCCACAGUUAUUGGGUAAUUUAAAAUCCAAGAAGAUGUGGAAAACCUAUUCAAAAUGAAACAUACUCCUUUGGACCUUUUGGUCUUUAAAGGCAGUCUAGAAAUAGUUUAGAGAGUUAAUUUGUGUAUCUUCUCCAAAUAUUACAUUCUUGCACUUCGAUCCAGAAAUGAAAGAUUAAAACAUUGAUUUUAACUAUAUUUACAAGAUAAUGUAGAAACUGCAUCAUUAUUAACCGAAAGUUCAGGAUACAUAAUCAAACCCAUUUCAACUGGAUUAGUGGUCUUGGGGUGUAGGGGAUGCUAAUUAUGUGUCACCUGGUCUCCCAUCAAGUUACCUAAUGCAAUACAGAGUAUUCCUAGCAGGUACAAGUUACCUUACAAUGUCUGGAAUAUUUCUGUAGUACAAAACAAUCUUUGUUUCAUGGUGUUACUGCAUUUAGCUGCCAAUGAAUAUAUCACACUUCAAGCAUUUAACAGCAUACAAAUGGUUAAUGGCAAAUGAGAUGAUUUUUUGCCAAAGUAUAAGUGAAGAACUUUUGUGUUAAAGGACGAGGAAUUAAGGAUUUGUAUUGCUAAAAUCACUCAAGGAUGAAAGCCUACUUAUAUCUGCCUUCCUGCACAGGUUUGAACCAAUUUUGUGUCCCCGCCGUGUUUUCUGUAUCCCCCACAGCAACAGCUUCAGGAAAAAAAUAAAA